UGAUCAACAUCACCCAUCUUUCUUUUUUUUUUUUCCAUUUUGCAGUAGAAUUGAUGGCAACCCAAUCUCUGGCAAAAUUCCUGCUUUCAUUGGAAACUGGAAGAACCUCAGGACGUUAGCCAUGCUAGGUACCUCCUUGGAAGGGCCUUUCCCUUCCAACGUUUCUGCAUUAGAAGCCUUAACGGAAUUGAAGGUGUCGCCUCUGAUAGGAGGUGAUGGGAAGUUUCCACCAUUACAGAGAAUGCCAUAUAUGCAUAUAUUGAUUUUGAGGAACAUAUCACUAUCUGGUGAACUGCCUGAUUAUAUACAGAGUAUGACAAAGCUCAAAACCUUAGAUUUGAGUUUUAACAAUUUGACUGGGAAGAUUCCAUACACGUUUGGCAGCCUGAAGAAUAACCUUAAGUAUCUGUUUCUUACCAAUAACAAGCUAAGUGGAGAAAUACCAGGCUGGAUAUUGGAUAGUGAUAAAAAUUAUGAUCUAUCAUACAACAACUUUGACAGCUCUCACCCACCAGAGAAGUGCUCUACUGGGGUGAACUUGGUGUCCAGUUAUUCAACAUCAAGCAAUAACACGAUUCCAACAUGUUUUAGGAAAAACUACCCGUGUUCCGGACAGGCAAAAAAUUCCGAAUUGUUCAUAAAUUGUGGUGGUGGCCAGAUGACCAUAGGAAAAUAUGUGUACCAAGAGGAUGACGAGAACCGAGGGCACAAAGUUUCUGAAGAAAAUUGGGCUAUUAGCUCAACCGGGUACUUUCUGAACAGUGAAGAACAAACAUAUACUGCAAGUACUAAAAGGCAAAUGUUGAACACUCCCAAUCCAGAAUUAUACACGAACGCUCGUCUCAGUGCUCUCUCUCUCAAGUACUAUGGUCUAUGCCUUCAAAAUGGAAAUUAUACAGUUGUUUUACACUUUGCUGAGAUAAUAUUCACUGAUGAUCAGACUUACUCCAAUCUAGGAAGGCGCUUAUUCGAUGUGUCAAUCCAGGGGAAGAAAGUUUUGCAAGACUUCAAUAUUGCAAAAGAAGCUAAUGGUACAGGUCGGGCAAUAACCAAGAGCUAUAAUGCAAAUGUAACGAACAACACUUUGGAGAUUCACUUUCAAUGGUCUGGAAAAGGUACCAUGGAGGUUCCUCGCAAGGGUGUGUAUGGACCUUCAAUUUCAGCUAUCUCAGUUACACCCAACUUUAAGCCCGUUGUAUACAGCGCGAGUGAUAGUUUCAGCAAUAACAAUGGUAAGCUUUCCACUGGGGCUAUUUUGAGUAUCGCAGCCGCUGGAGGUGUGCUGAUUGCAUUGAUCUCAGUAUUCAUCUGGUUUUUCUGGAGAAGAAAAAAUGCUGAAAACUCUGAACUUCGAGGCCUGGACUUGCAGACUGGAUACUUCACCUUAAGACAGAUCAAAGCUGCAACUGGUAACUUUAAUCCUGCAAAUAAGAUAGGAGAAGGUGGAUUUGGACCAGUUUACAAGGGAGUUCUACCAGAUGGCUCUUUGAUCGCUGUGAAGCAACUUUCUUCAAAGUCAAAGCAAGGAAAUCGUGAGUUUAUAAACGAGAUAGGCAUGAUAUCUGCUUUGAAUCAUCCCAAUCUUGUCAAACUAUUUGGAUGUUGCAUUGAGGGGAACCACUUGCUACUGGUAUAUGAAUACAUGGAAAACAACAGCCUUGCCAAUGCUCUGUUUGGUCCUGGAAAAACCAGGCUUACACUGGAUUGGCGAACACGAUGUAGCAUUUGCCUUUGCAUAGCUCGUGGGCUGGCGUAUCUCCAUGAGGAGUCAAGGUUGAAGAUUGUUCAUCGAGACAUAAAGGCAACCAAUGUGAUUCUUGAUAAAGAUCUCAAUGCAAAAAUUUCUGACUUCGGUUUGGCUAGACUUUUUGAAGAAGAUGAAAGUCAUAUAAGCACUCGGAUUGCAGGAACCAUAGGAUAUAUGGCACCUGAAUAUGCAAUGAGAGGUUAUUUGACAGACAAAGCGGAUGUUUAUAGUUUUGGAGUGGUCAUGUUAGAAAUUGUCAGUGGAAUGAUCAAUGGGGGUCGCAGGGAAGAGGAGGAAUGUGUGUGUCUUCUUGAUUGGGCUGCCAUCCUACAAGAGCGGGGUGCCUUACUUGAAAUUGUCGACAAAAGUCUCGGUCCACACUACUUAGAGGAAGAGGCACUGCUGUUGUUGAAUUUGGCUCUCAGAUGCACUAAUAAUGUUCCGGCACUUAGGCCUACAAUGUCCACUGUGGUGAGCAUUCUAGACGGUCAGAUGCCCCCAUGGAGUUGGCAGUUGUUAUUUUUUAAUCCACCACACAAUAUUUAGUCCACAUCACUUGCCGCUU